AUGCAAUAUGAAUUAGCAUUAAAGAUUGAAAAAGCCUAUAAAAAUACAAAUUAUAAUAAUAGAAAUAAUAGAAUAGUAAAGAAAUCUUCGAUGAAGUUCAAUGACACCUUAAUUAGUCAAGCAUCUACGAAAUCCAGUAACACCUUAAUUAGUCAAACAUCGACGAAAUCCAGUGACACCUUAAUUAGUAAAAAUUCAAUGAAAAAAUCAAAUGAGACCUUAAAUAACAAAACUUUGAUGAAUUCCAGUAACACAGCAAUUAGUAAAUCUUCAAGAGAAACUUGUAACACUGUAAUGAUUAAAACUUCAAGAGAUUCCAGUUACAGUUUAGUUAGGAAAGCUUUAAUGUUAUUAGACGAUUCAAAUGAUUCAAAUUUACCAUUCGACGAAAUUAUUGUAAAUGAAAAUUUAAAUAAUAAUUUAAGAUCACAACCUGAUAAACCUGAUAAAGUCAUUGCAAACGAAAACUUUAAUAAUGAAAUAAUUCAUGAAUCUUCAAAGCAACCAGAUAAAAUUAUAUCACAAAGUGAAACGUGCUCAAUUUAUGAUGCUAAAUCAAUAGAUGAAUCAAUUGAUGAAAUAACAUUAAUGGCUGAUAGUGUCAGUUUAAGUGAAAGUUCAAUUUAUACCGUUCCAGAAAUAGCAAAUAUACUUGAAGAUUUUGAAAGUCAUGAUGUUAAU